AUGGAAGAAAGAAACAUAGGAAACCUAGAAGGAUUUAACGAUGUGUACUACCAGGAGUCCAGAAUGUCGGGAACUUUGAAAUACAGUGGAGAAACACUGGAAUCAGAGCCGUACAAAAAAGACGGGUAUCCAGGAAAGAGUUCCACCUCGUAUGAGUACAUCACAUACAAUGAGCCAUUCUCUACGAGAACAGUUAUAUUCAAGAUACCAAUGAGCUAUCUUAGAAAAGAGUAA